UGAGACGAGCUUUAAUCUAACUUAACCUGGUUUAAUUCAAUAUUCCUUUACAUUUUAGAACAUUUCGAUUGUUCUACUGUACUACAGUGAUCGAAAUCAGAAAAAAUGUCGUCCGUAGAAUUGAAUCCAAGACCUGUUCGAGUUUCUCCAUUAAUUAAGGCAUGUCGAUGGUCUUUGCUCAUAACUGGAGUAUUUUAUGGAAUUUAUAAUCAUAAUAAAUUCAGUAAGAGAGAAGCAAUGCUUAGAGAAAUUGAGGAACGAGAGAGGCCAGCAAAAGAAGCAAAACUUGCUGCUGAGAAAAAGAUUCAACUAGCAGCCGAAAUGCAGAUGCUUGACGAGUUAUUAGCCCCAACAAAAAAGUAAAGUAAUUCAAUAAUUAAAACUAGUGUAAAGAAAAUACUACUAAUAAAAUAAUUUUAAUGUUAUCAAAUUUA